AGCUUUUCAACCUUAACCUCCCUGCUACUCGGGAGAAGGUGACCGUUUGGGAAGGGGAGGGUAGUUUUCCAGGUUCCAGGGCACCACAAUUAGCUGCCAGUGCUUAAGUGGUUUAUUUUCUUCUUUUGCCUUUUGACAAACGGUCGGUGGGAGGACCACUACCCGGGCGCGACCCCAGGGCUCACUUUGCAGCCGGACGCUGAGUUUCAGACUGCAGCCUUGUUCAGCGUACACCGGGGCCCCUUCACCCUCAUCAGGUCUGCAGGCUGAUGGAUGCUGACAGGCUUCCCCUGAGCAUUGGUUAAAGCCCUCGAGUGCUCACCUUUGCACCGCCUGUUUAUCUGCGGUCGCUGCCGCCGCCUCCUCCUCCUCCUCCUCCUUCUCCUUCCCCCUUCCCUUUCCCUCUCUAUCUCUUCCCACCCACGCCCUGUUAUCGUCUGCACCACCACCGAAAUACGUGCCCCCUUGGUAGAAUCGAAGCUCCCCGCCGAAGAGAGGGGGAGGGUGACACCCAUCCCCCCUCCCAUUUCUGCCUAGACUCCGGGUUUUACUGCAGCAAUCGGAGGUGACAGCGCCACCUCGGUCUCCUCGGAGCCCCUGCUCAGCCCCUCUCCCCAGCGUCGGGGAAAGCGCCCCCUCCGGAAAGACGAAUCUCCGGAGAAGUGCGAACGAGCUACAGAAAAGCGAAUUUAAAAAAUGUAGAAGUCACUGGGUUGCAUUCCUCGGAGGACAGCCUCACAGCCUCGUCUCCCAGGACUGACUGUCAGCGCAUUGGAAGUUGGGACCUUAGAGCGAAGGGGGAGGGGAGUGGUGCAGCCCGCAUUCUCUCCUUCUCUCUGGAAGGAGUCGUUGCAAGACCUGCGGUUGGACACAAGUUUGCGUAAGAGUGUUUUCCUUUUGUCAAUUAUUAAUCACCGGAAUCAGUUUGGCAGAACUGGAGUUUUAGCAGUAGUGCGGAGGGCGGGGCCCGAACACCUAACUCUGGGAGCCUAGGCUGCGCCCAACGCAGUGGCAAGCUAACAGCUGCUGGGGAGAAGCCAGAGCAUCCAAGCUCACUCAAAGGCAGGAGAUGAAGAAAUAGAGCCCAGGGAAGAGACAUCAUCUACAUCAGACUGGGUAGAGGAGAGGUACAGCUGAGCUCCAGGCCUGGAUCCCCCUGGACAGGUAGACCUUCCACAGCUUGAGGAAGAACCAUGGAUUUCAAGCGUGUGAAGGAGUAUUUUGCCUGGCUCUACUAUCAAUACCAAAUCAUCAGCUGCUGUGCUGUCAUGGAGCCUUGGGAACAGUCUAUGUUCAAUACCAUCUUACUAACCAUUGUUGCUAUGGUGGUGUACACUGCCUAUGUCUUCAUCCCCAUCCACGUUCGCCUGGCUUGGGAGUUUUUCUCUAAGAUAUGUGGCUAUGACAGUUCAGUUUCUAACUGAUCUCGUCCGAAUUCUGCGAAAUGGCAUAAUGUAUUCAUGUUGCUUACAACUUACUGACUUAGGUGACUGUGCUGUCUUUCACCUCUGACCUGACCAGCACUCUUUCUAUGCACUCUCACAUCCUGCCUGGAGAAUGAGAUAGGUGUCUUCCAGUUACUUUUGUACAUGCAGCAUUGUGCAUCAGACAAUAGAAAAUGCAAUGACUUUACCCCCCGUCCCACAUUCGCUCAGCGCAACUCUAUGGCUUUAGAUUUCUUUUGAAAUCGGGAUGCUUUCAAAUAAAACUUUUCUGGACAACAGGCAAGUAAGAGACCGGACAGAGUCAUACUUACAAUACUCUAUUCAUACUGUUCUACACUAAAGGAUAUGUUACAAAAAAUACUCUUCAUAGGCUACUGUCAAAAGUACCCUGUACUUGUUUACAAUCUAUUAAAAGGUGUGAAUAAAAUAGAUGAACCUUUAAAGUCUUA